UUAAGUAAUGAUCUUGCUUGACAGUUCUGUUGUCAAGUAAACAAAAACUUUUUUCGGUUAUUGUUCUCAUUAUUUUUAUUUUUAAGUGUAGAAUAUUCACUGUAGCAAAAUGACCGCUGAGACGUCUCGGCAGCAACAAAAUAACGACGAGGGGCAAGGUUUUCAAAUUUUUAUGACAAUGGAAAAUCUAAUAGACAAAUUAAAGCUUUUGGAUUAUGAAGAAGAAUUCAUAAAAGUUUUGAAAAUGAGACCACUAAAUAGGCAUUAUUUUGCAUUGCAAUCGAACACUGGUGAACAAUUUUUCAUGUUUGCUGCUCUCUCUGCUUGGCUAAUUAGAAAAUGUGGUAUAUCAUUCAAGCAGCCAGAAGAAGAUGACGAUCCUAACUCAACGAUUGCCAGCAUCCUUGAUGCUUUAAGAAAUCUUGGAAUUCCUGUCGACUUUUCUCCUAAUAAGCUUAAAAAGGGCUCUGGUGUCUAUGCUCUGCAGUGUUUAAACAGUCUUGUAGAGAAAGCCUUUACAGUUAAGAAUAUUACUUUUAAAAAGCCGGUGCCUCCUGUUGAACAAUUUGACUCUACCCAAACUUUUGAUGAAGAUGAAGACUUGGAGUUAGAUAUUGACAGAAUUGAAGAAGAUAUGGCUCUGGGUGUGAGUGAUGUCGAUGAAGAUAAUGAACUGGAUGUUGAUGAUCUUUACCUUGCUUCAGCUUUUAUGGAGACAACAAGAGCAGAAGAAAUAAUCGAAACUGAUGUCACAGCAGAAGCCUGGAAUUUGGAACUUGAGAAGGUCGUUCCAAUGCUCAAAGUUUCAAUAAAAUCAAAUAAUACAGAUUGGAGGUCUCACCUAGAAUUGAUGAAGCACCAUCAGUCUGAAAUUCAUCAGAUUUCCGGGACAGUUUCAUCAGAAUUGAAAAAGUUUGGUUAUGAAAUUGAAGAAACGAUGAGAAAAGUUUCCAAGAGAGAAAAACUACUCAACAGUCAGUUCGAGCAGCUCCUUUCGCAAUAUAGGACUCUCCAGGAGGAGUUGUCUUUAGUGAAUGAUAAAUAUAGAGAAGUUAAUGUAGGAGUUGUUGAAAGGCAGAAAAUACUUAAUCAGAUUUCUGAAAAUUUAGAAUCAACCAAGCAAGAAAUGGAAGAAAGAGGAGCUACUAUGUCUGAUGGAUCUCCUUUGGUCCAUAUUAAAAAAGCCAUAAAAGACAUUAAGAAGGAAAUCUGUGAGAUGGACAUAAGCAUCGCAGUUGCUGAACAUUCCAUAGUAGAAACUAAGUUGAGAGAGAAAUCAUUACAGACCCAUCUUGUGAGGACAUCUGGAAUGAACUGAAUUUAUUAGUUGUAAAUAUGACGUAACUGCUUUAAUUUGAAUGAUCUGUAUAUUUUAUAUUAGACUUUAGUAAGAUUAAAAAAUAGAAUUUAUUAAAUUUGCUCAAUGAGGAUAAAAUAAAUUUGAGGAUAUGGAAAUAAUUGGCACCUAUGAGAGAUUGUCAUAGCUUGCUCAUUCAAAUAAAUAAUUAAACAGUUGAACAUUUUGUAUUAGUUCUUCAGAUAGCAUUGUGGAUUCUCCAUGUUUUUGAGCACGUAUUCUGAUUAUUGUAAGAAAAUGUAAUUUUUAUGAAUAAACAUAUAUACAAAAAUGUUCAACAUUGUUUUGCAACAAAAAAUACUGGACUUUUUUUAAAUUCCAUUAUAAUAUAU